UGGCUGUCAUAAUUUUUGGUAUAGUAGUUGUGACUUAUUCACACUAUAUACAUUUGACUUCCGCAACAAUAUGGACGAAGGGUUACAAGAACUUCUUUGAGAGGGAAAGUAGGAUGUUUUGAAUCUUCUUCAAAUACUACAAAUUCUCUACAAAAAAUGGAGGAGAAGAUACAAAGGAUGGAGGAGAAGAUUGAGGAACAAAAGGCAACUAUUCGUCAAGAAGUUGUUGCAGAUGUCCUUGCACGACUUCAGCGUUCAGGAAUUGAUAUUGAUGUUAAUAUUAUUCUAGCGGCAUUGGGUGAUAAUUCUCCUGGAGAAGCUUCUUCUGCACAGUGAGCAACUUUGUAACCAAUCCGUCGUCCAUCUACUUAUAGCAACAAAGAAGGCCAACUCAUUCGAGGUGUAGUGAUUGCGGAUGAAAGCAGUAACGAAGACCUUACUUGAGUGUUGUUGAUCGUUGUUAGACUUUCUAUU